AAUAGUCGAUGAAGUCAGAACAGAGCAUGAAAAUGCUCCAUCAGAACCAGUUUCAGCGUCAUCAAAAAGUAAAAAAUCGGUAAAAAAUUGGCUAAAUCAAUGGAUCAGGCUGCAAUCGAAAUACCGGAACCAAUAAUUUUGUCCCCAACACCGCAACCUAAACCAGUCGUAACUGAUAAAUCCGCCGGAACAGCUAAAGGAAAAUCUACACGUUCCAGACGAGCAGCUGACACUGUUGUUGUGGAUGAUGAUGUAAUAAAAACUGAACCAGAAGUUUCGGUAGUAGCAAAUGAAGAUGAACCUGAUAAUAAACAACAACCAUUGGAACCAAAACAAGAAGUAGAAAUCGAGAAAGACGGCCAUGAUCAAUCUGAAUCCGAACAACAAAAACCAACUAAUGAUUUGAAAAUUACAGAAGUUGUUGAUAAAGCAAAUGAAAUUGUCGAAGUAAUCGAAUCGGAAACAUCCAUUUCACAAUCAUCAUCAUCAACAACAGCAGAAGCAACAAAAGAAGAUGGAAGGAGUGUAACAGAUGAUAAUGAUAAUGAUAUUAAAACAUGUACAGAAUCAUUGGAAUCAGAAAUGAAGAAAAAAUCACAUGAUAUACCAAAAAAACAAGUAUCAUUCGAAAUAGUCGAUAUGGAUGAUAAUGAAGAGAUAACAUCCGAUACACCGGUAGUAAAUAUUGAUGAUGAAAAAAUGAUCGUAGACUAUGAUUCACAUUCGAUGCCAUCAUCAGUCGAAUCAAAAGAUAAACAACAAGAUUCAGAUUUGGAUUCAACAAUUAUUGUCAUCGAAGAGGUUCAAUCUGAUGAUAGUUUACAACAUCAAUCCACGAUUUCAGAAUCUAUCACAAAACAAGAAACCGAAAUAAAACCACCAUCAUCUUCAUCAUCAGUAGUCAAAGAAACUGAACCAGAAAUGGAGAUUAAAGAAUCCAAAUCAUCCACCGUCAUUACGAAUGAUGUUCAAACGAAAAUCGAUGUCGAUAUAAAACCAUCAAUUUCGGUUGUGGAUGAUGAUGCACCUGCUGUUAAAAAAGUAGCUGAUGUAAUCAAUUCAAAUGGUCAAUCCUCAAUCACCAUUGAACAUGAUGAUGAUCGCGGUUUAAAACGUAAAGUUGAUAAUACUUUUAACAUUUCGGAAGAAAAAAUUCCAAUGAAAAAAGCAAAAUUUGAAUUGCAAAACUUUGGUAAUCUAUUCACCAUGGGUGAUCAAAUAUCCAAAGAAUUAGGGCCACGUGAAAUACAUUUUCGUGGUCGUAAAACAUUACGAUCACAGCCGGCAAAAGUUCGUACCGGUUCAUUUAAAAUCAAACAGGUGGCAAUGGGUGCCCUACAUACGUUAGCAUUGACCGUGGAUGGCCAAGUUUUAUCAUUUGGUUGUAAUGAUGAUUAUGUGCUUGGUCGAAUAAUUACUCGUGAAGAAUAUCUGAAUGAUAAGAUCACCACCAAUGGUGGUGAUAAUGAUGAUAUGGAUGAAUUAGAUGUGGAUGAUGAUGAAUUUGAGGAAAAACUUUCCGGCCGUCCAUUACCGGUAAAAGAAUUACAAUCAAAAAAAGUGGUAAAAGUAUCGGCUGGUGAUAUGCAUUCGGCAGCAUUAUGUGAUGAUGGUAAAGUGUAUGUUUGGGGAAAUUUUAAAAAUGAUUCCGAUAAAGUUGGCCUAUUUGUUGAUUGUGAAAAAUCACCAAAUUGUUCAGAUUAUUUACCUGUUAUAUUACCGAAACCAAUCGAACUUGAUGUGAAAAUUGUUGAUAUUGCAUCCGGAUGUCAUCAUAUCCUACUGUUAACGGAUGAAGGACGUGUAUUAACAUUUGGUGAAGGUUCGAAAGGACAAUUAGGACGUAUUGGAUCGACCGAGCUUAAUUCAAUCAAUACAAAUCGUGAUCAAUUUUUACGGCCCGCAAUGGUAUCGAUACCUGAACAGGCACGAAUUGAUCAUGUUUUUGCAUCACAAUGGAAUUCAUUUGCCUUAUCCUCAGAUGGCAAUCUUUAUGGUUGGGGCCUUAAUAAUUAUUUUCAACUUGGAUUGAAAAAUAAUUUCAUAUCACAAGCGAAUAGUUUGAAUUCCGAUUCAUUAUUCACAUUGAUACCGACACGUAUACCGUUAUCUUUUCAUUGUAAACAAAUAUCUAAUGGCCAACAACAUUCAUUAGCAUUGGAUCGUGAUGGUAAUGUUUAUGCUUGUGGUUCGGCAUUAUAUGGCAAAUUAGGCCUUGGCGAAGAUUUUAUUCAACAAUGUAAUAGUAAUGAUAAAAGUAUUAGUGAUUUUAAACAAAUUCCAUCCUCCAUAUUCAAUGGUGAACGUGUUAUCAAAAUUGAUUGUGGUGAUUUUUGUUCGAUGGCCAUUACAGAAAUGGGUAGAUUAUAUUGUUGGGGACAAGGUGGCUUACAGAUUGGUACCGAUGCUGAUGUUGAUCUAUUUGAACCGAAACAGAUAACGAAAGGUCCGUAUGCUGAAUGUACACGUUUCAUAUCGAUUUCCACUGGUGCACAAAUGGCUGCAAUGAUUGGUACGAUUAUCAUUGAUGAUAAUGUUAAUGAAGAUGAUGAUUCACUAAUGGAAUCAAAAUAAUAAUUCAUUGUGAUUCUGAUUCUAUUAUUUUAUCAUUCUGAUGAUUAUCACACAUCUAAUAUAUCGAAUUUAUUAUUUGA